CCCGCCGCUGACGUCACAGCAACGAUCCAGUUUGCAGACGUAGGGACUCAGAUUCACCUCCGCCCUUUCACGGCUAUUAACCCUUACUGAGCAGACGGAGCUCCGGUUCGCGACACAUGUAUAACCGGUGCAGCAACACGCCGCUGUCACUUCCCACGUGAGCUGCCUCGAAUGAGUCACGUUCACUUCGGUGUUUUUUAGCCAUGGCGACAUCACUGCGUGCCCUCUUCAUUUUACUUCUUUCUCUUUACGGAAGUGAGGGGGGGCUGCGCUUUGCGUCCUACUACGGAGACCACAUGGUGCUCCAGAAGGCUCCGGAGAGCGCCGUGCUGUGGGGCUACGGGCCUGAGGGGGCUCACGUGACCCUCACCUUGUCAGGACCCUCGCAACGGAGAACCUCGUUGGCUGACGUGACAAACGGUAUCUGGCGCGUCACCCUGGACCCGGUUGAAGCCGGUGGUCCCUACAAUGUGACGGCGGCCGCUCAGGACAGCACAGCCGCCCUGACAGAUGUGCUGUUUGGAGACGUGUGGCUGUGCGGAGGGCAGAGCAACAUGUGGUUACAAACGUCUAAGAUUUUCAAUGCAUCAGACGAGCUGCGCAUAGCUGAGAAAUAUCCUCACAUCAGGAUCUUUAUGGUGGGUCUCAAUCAAAGUAAAACCGAGGAGACUGAUUUGAUUCAAGUGGAGCUUCCCUGGUCGGUGCCGCCAACAAACGUGGCAGAUUUCUCGGCAGUGUGCUGGCUGUUUGGACGCUACUUGCAGAAGACGCUGCAGUACCCCAUAGGACUGGUGGAGUCCUGUUGGGGGGGCACGCCUGUCGAAGUCUGGUCUUCGCCCAGAGCGCUGCAACAGUGUGAUCUGCAGCAGGUUGGAAGCAGCCCGGAAAAGAAUUCGGUCUUAUGGAACGCGAUGAUUCACCCGCUGCUCAACAUGACCGUCAAAGGAGCCAUCUGGUACCAAGGUGAGGCGAAUACAGUCUAUCACCAGGAGAAGUACAGCUGUUCCUUCCCCGCUAUGAUUGAUGACUGGAGGUUGGCGUUUCACCACGGCUCGGGUGGGCAGACGUCUCUCCACUUCCCCUUUGGAUUUGUCCAGCUGUCCACCUACCGAAAAGGCUCCAAGAGCGACGGUUUUCCGAACAUCCGCUGGCACCAGACCGCGGACUACGGCUUCGUCCCCAAUUCCCGGAUGCAGAACACCUUCAUGGCCGUGGCUUUGGAUUUACCUGAUGAAACAUCCCCCUACGGCACGAUCCAUCCCCGGGACAAGCAGGAUGUCGCCUACAGACUGACGCUGGGAGCCAGGGCGGUGGCUUAUGGCGAGGUGGGCGUGUCCUUCCAGGGCCCUUUCCCCACGCAAAUCACGUUGCUUUCUAAGAUGAUCAACGUUACCUACGACCAGAAAGUCCGUGUCACACCGUCUAAGGACGUCUUUGAGAUCUGCUGCACAGAGGGUCAUGCUCCAUGCGGGCCCGAGUCUGCCUGGGUUUCCGCUCCCAUCAUGCAGCAGGGCCCGACCACCGUGCUGUUAACUUCCGACGUGUGUCCGCCCGCUGAGGAAGUGUCGGGCCUGCGAUAUGCAUGGAGGGACUGGCCCUGUGACUUCAAAGCCUGCCCCGUGUACAGCGCCAGCGGGGUUCUACCUGCGCCUCCUUUCAUCGCCAAGCGCUCGCAAUCCGUAGGAAAGCAGGAAGUGUGAGGAAAACAAAGCGGGGACUAGAUGAUCGGACGGGCGUGUAGUCAGAUGCGCCGUAUUGAUCAAGGUGCUUGAUAUUGAUUGUGAUUACUUGAGGCCUUUAGAGCGGAAGAAUGGGUUUGCAUUUUUAUUUGACUUGAAUAUUUUUGGUUUCUUCCUUGUUUUUUCUUCACACUCUCAACUUUUGAUAUUUCUUCGGCAUCCAAUUGCUGUUUCUACCUCUUAUGCUUUUAUGAUAUUAUGCAAUAUUCAAUACACAAAGGGAUAAAUACCACUAGUAUUUACCAGUAGUAUUCUGCGGUCUUCGGUUGGAAUGUUUUGCACGUCUUACUUUGUGUGCAUUCAUUUAUGGAUUUAAAGAGAUUAUCAAUCUGAUAAAACACUGAAAGCAUGUUUACAUAUAUAUUGUUGGUCACAAUAUUGACCAUGUAGACCAUCUAUGCUGCCAAUAAUUGCUAGACUUGGUGUAGAAAAGCAUGAUUUUUAAUUUGAACAAAACUAAUCUUUAUAACUGAAUGUCAUUUGAUUCAAUAAAUGCUCACUAACUA